UUGAGCUAAGGACCAAGGAGCCAGGUUGCCAGAAGCCCCAUAUCAUGGACUUGGUGACAUCCUAACUAGUCCCUUCACACUCUUCCUUGACCACAGUAAUAUGAUAUAACUAACUUAUUUUAAAGUAUUCUAGGCCUUUCUCUUCUAAAACCAAAAUCUGAAAGAGAUUAUUGUAGAGAAAAUAUGGAUAAAUCAAUAUGCAGUUUUGGAGCUGCUAUUUGCUGUAAAUUAAAUUCUAUAAAUUAAUGUAAUGAGGGAAAAUCCUAGGAAAAGCCAACACAACUUUUGUGCACACUCUCUGAAUUACUAAUGCUCAUCUUAUUAAAAAUGUGCAUACAUCCAACCUCAAAGUGUAAAAUAAUGCACUCUUUUUUUCCUGCUGGUUUACAGCCUACUACCAGCAGAAGAAACAGUUUCUGAUAAUUGCAUCAGGAAACAAAACUUCUCUAUUCUCAGAUGACAUCUUGUUGACCAUCCAUUAGUAUUUCACUUCCUAUGUGUUUUUACAGUGAAAAGUGCCAGCACAGAAAGAAAGGGAGACUUGAAACUGCUGUUUGCAAUUUGUUAGUGAGAGCUCUUACAUCCACACAAGCUGGGCUUUGAGAUGUUAAAGCGCUAGUGUUUUAUUAACACAAAGUACACAAAAUAUGGCAAUAAUUUUUCAUCAAUUUUGCAACAAAUAGCCAAAUUUCUGUUUGUAUAUUAAGCACUGAUACUUACAAGCCAACAAUACCAGCAACCAGAAAACAAGUGAGAACUCUCAUCCUUUCAGGAAUUGCCAAGUGUGUCCCUUUUCACUGCCAAGUUACCAGUUGAAUAAGACAAAUGUCUUAAUUAAAAAUGCAUUUGAAAAUCUUCCAAUCAAAUGAUAAUAUAAACAGUGGUUAUUAUAAAGACCUGAAAAAAGACAAACAGUACUUCUGUCACUCAGUCCAGACAAUUAUGUAUACAGAUCUGGGAAACCAAUAUUGCAUUUGAAUAAUAUCUCAAUAUUCAUUAUCCAAGAACACAACAACAAGAAAAUACAGUUAACAUUUUCUCAUUGGUCAAGAUGCUGCACACUCAACUUCUGUUUGGUUCUAGUAACAUUUAAGUACACAUCUGACAUUUCUGCCUGUAAAUAGCUCCCUGUGUGAUCCCAGGCUGUUCUGAUCUGCAGAAUGUUUACAGUGUUCUGAUUUUCAGACUGUGCUCUGGCUGACUGCAGACAGGUCCUGGCUUAGAGGAUGGCCACUGUCUCUAUCAGAUUGCCAAACCCAUCCACUGUGCACUUCCUAAAACUGAUCUUCCUCAUGAAGGUUGUACCAUUUAUCUCUACAGAGACUUGGCUGCAGAAAGAGACUGUAACACAGAGACAGACAAUUUCAGUGAGAAGCUGAGAAAGGCACACUGCUGGCAAACACUGAUCCCUCAGCAUUCUCAAUGCAAACUAGAGCUGCAAAUUAAGUGCGUGUUUAUUGUACAGUAGAACAUUUGGGAAAAUAUAUGGUAUUCCCUGGGGAGGAAGCACCACUGAAUUCCACUCAAUUCUUGCUCUACAGGGACAGGUGUAAAAUGUUGCAGGAUGUGACGCAGAAUUAGCAGCUUUACCAUGAGCAACCUGAGACACAAGGUACAUUUGUACUUUAGGAGACCAUGGCUAAUGAAAUAAAAAAGAUAGGAAGACAAACUAAUGAUGAACAUCCUCAAAGAAUUAAAAAAGACUUGAUGCAGCUCAGUUCUAGAGAAUAAAGGCUUCUAAAUGUUCUCUUCAGUUAACCCAUUCAUAACAAUAUCUGUUGUUGCUACAUCCCUUCUGUUUUACGUGCCUAAAAUUGAUCCAGGCAGUCCAUAACAAUGCAGUCUGUAAAACAUUCCACAGACACACCCAGUGUCUAUGAGAAGCAAUCCAGGGAGCUGUAAGCCUGUUCAAAAGCUAUGCUUCAAGGACAUUAGGAAAAGCAAAAGACAGCUUUUCUUAUUGUGUCUUUUGCAGCAAAGAGCUAGAUCUGGCAAUCUCAUGUCACCUAUUUUUCUCUUCACAGAAAUGGUUUCCAUCACAACAGAAAAUGUUACGCAGCUGUACAACAUGACCACCCAGGAGCUUACAGUCAGUCCAGAAUAUUUCCACAAUAAUUCAGGAGUGCAUCAGAUAGAUCAAUAUGAAUGUGUUAGUGCAGAUGUGUGGAAAUGGCUACAGGAUUUUCAGCCUGUAUUUCUCUGGUUUAUAUUUAUUCUGGGAUCAAUAGAAAAUUCCUUUGUGCUCACCGUCCUGUGUUUCCACAAGAGUAGCUGCACAGUGGCUGAAAUUUACCUAGCAAACAUGGCAUUUGCUGACCUAAUGUUGGUCUGUACUUUACCUUUCUGGGCCAUUAAUAUUUCUAAUAAUUUUCAUUGGCCUUUUGGCCAGUUUCUCUGUAAAGCCAUCAACAUUAUGAGUUACAUGAACUUAUAUUCUAGCAUUUAUUUCCUGACACUAGUGAGCAUUGAUCGCUACCUGGCCUUGGUGAAAACCAUGUCUCUUGGGCGGAUGAGACGAACUGUCUUUGCCAAAUGGAAUUGUUUUGUGAUUUGGACAUGUGCACUGCUCAUGUGUUCACCUACAAUGGUGUUUCGAAAUUUGCGCUAUUUUGAAGAGUACAACAUCACAGCCUGUGUUCUCCUUUACCCAGCUAGCUACUGGGAGCCCACAAACAACUGCUUGCUCAAUAUUGUGGGGUUUGUGAUCCCAUUCUGUGUAAUUACCUAUUGCACUGUGCAAAUCAUCAAAGCCUUACGAAGCAAUGAGCUACGAAAAAUGCAGGUAGUCCAGACAGAGAGGAGAGCCACCAUGCUGAUCUUUGCUGUGCUCCUGCUGUUCAUCAUUUGCUGGCUUCCAUUCCAGAUCACCACAGUCAUCGACACAAUCCGUUACUUCUCACCCACUCUCAAAUGCCUGGAAGACAUCAAUGACAUAAUGACCCAGAUAGCCACAUACUGCUCCUUUAGCAACAGCUGCCUGAACCCAGUCCUCUACGUGAUUGUUGGGAAAAACUUCCAGAAGAAGGCUGUGGAAUUCUACAAGGACUUGUUCACAAAGAGGUGCAGAAAAUUACAGUCUGUGCAGAUAGACAACUCCCUGGACACUUUAAGAACUUCCAUUUCAAGUGAAUACUCAAGGAAAAAGUCUGUUUUGUCAUUACCCCAAUAGCAUAAUUUUAGGGAAAUCCUUAAAGAAAGAAAGCCUUCUAACAUUAUCAGUCUCUACUCAUAUCCAUCUGCUAUGGGUCCACAGAGUAAAUGUGGUAGUGUUCAUUACGUGAGGGAAAAGAGUGGUUUGAUCUUAAUGGAAAUUCCAUAAAAAGACCUUCUAAUGUUAUUGGAUGUUUUUCAUGAUUGAAUCCUAUUUUGUAGCUUACUUACAUUUUCAUGGCUGAAUGAUACUUGGUGCAUAUCACUUGGAAUGUUUUUCUAAGGUAUACAUACAAUUCUCCAAACAGAGCCACAGUACAGAAGCGAUUGUCAAGAUUGUGAAGCUACGUAUGGUACCCAUAAUAGUGUGUUAGAUAAGGUUUUUGAUUUGGGAGGGGCUUGUAUUUGAGUAAACUCUGUUAAGUAAAUCCUGUAGGAUGCAUUUUUAGAUGUGUCCAUCUUUUGGGCUUUUAAUUUCUCUCUUCAGUCAUCUGAAACAAUCUGAUUUUUUCAUUGACAAGCAGUGCCUUUUUGCAACUGCUCCAGUUAGUUACAGAUUUACAUGAGCAAAUACGUAUGAAAAGUAGCUGAAAAAAAGGUAAAGCAGUAGUGGAAGGGAGCCUCCACCCACCUGCAUGAAGUUAGCUGAGUUUCCUUUGUAGAAGAUUCAUUACCCCUUCUACCUUGGAGUGAAAGCAUUCACUUACUCCUUUUGAGCGAGCAAAUGCUAUUUAUAUUCAUGCUUACACUUCAGCUCAGAGACUCGGGUUUUUAGUAUUCACAAAGCAUAAUUAAUGUUAUUCAAUGGAUAUAUAAAAUCUCAGCACAACUGGUAUAAUCUCACAAACAGAAGAAACUGAGGAUACGAAGGAGAGCAUCACCUAACUACAUUGGAAAUCUAACUGAAGAUAACAGGAGUCUUGAAAGCUCAGAGUAUUCAAGAAUGGCUUUUUCAGAUUCUAAUAAUACCUAUAUUUUAUUUGUAGAGUUAAUCUGUGAGAUUUUAAUACAAGAUAGCUUUUCCCCAGUUGGACUGUAUUUUUGAGCUAAGUUGAUUAUACACAUAAAGAAACUCAUCGUGUACUGAAUUGUCUGUAUGCACUUUAACCUCUAGGAACCUUGAUUAAAACUGAGUGGAAGAUGAUCUAAGAUAUGUUGAAACUAACAGUCUUUAUUCUUUUCAAAGCACUUAAGGUUACAGCUUCUAAAGCUACCAAGGGAAAUGAAGUUUGGUGACAUGAGUAAACUCAGAUGGCAACUACAUGGUCUUUAUCUGUCAGAGCUUGAAUGGAGCAAUAAAAUUCAUUUAAGAUGGAAAAUUUGUAUUAAACCUUCAAAUAACUAAACCACAAAAUAUAAGUGUGCAGAUGUGAUCUAAAGACUAAGUGAUUUAGAUCACUGUAUAUGAUUUAUAGGAAAUUUCCAUGGGUUUUUUUUUUGAUAAGCCAGUAUAAUCCUAAAUACUUCUAUUGCUCAUCCUUUUUAUUUUCUGAAGCAAUGGGGACAACUAUGAUGAAACACUGCAAGGCUUUCUGUUAUAUCCAGUGUUAUCAUACUAUCUCAUCCAUGAGCAUGCUGUUCAUGCAACCCUUACACAAAAGGAAAUCCAUACAGAGGUUAUUGAGACAACAGAAGUUCUUUUUGAGUAUUUGGUACUGAGAAGUAAAAUAUAAAAUUGUUAAUAUAACAUUAAUUUAAAUAAUGUAAAUAUAUGGGCACAAUUU